GCCAUCAGCGUGCAUAGUAAAAGGAAACGAUAGUUAUUGGAUCCACUCCUACUAGUUAUUUUCUGUUUACCCCGCUGUGCUGUAAGUGCUCUCCCCCUUUGCCUUGACCCUAUUUUUUUUUUAAACUAAACUUCUGUUCUCCUCCAUUUCAUCUUUCUAUAAACCCUUUUCUCAACUUAUUCAUUAAUCAGAACUGCUUAAUCAUCUAACAUGGCACAUAGACUUGGUGGACGUAGAAAAAACGUGAAAAAAGGAUUUCAGUUCACCUUUAUGGUGGUUGGAUCUUCCGGUACUGGUCGCACUACCUUUGUGAACACGCUUUGUGACUCCAAUGUUCUUGCAAAGAAGGUGUGUGAUAAUCCUGAAGAAGCACAUAAUGAAGAAGGAAUUACUAUCAAACCGAUAUCUGUCGAGUUGGAUGAAGAUGGUGUAAGAAUCUCUUUGACAAUUGUCGAUACUCCAGGCUUUGGUGACAACAUCGACAACGAGCAAUGUUUCCAAGAAAUCGUCGGCUAUUUGGAAAGACAGUACGAUGAUAUCCUUGCUGAAGAAUCCAGAAUUAAGCGUAACCCGCGAUUCCGUGAUAACCGCGUUCACGCUCUCUUGUACUUCAUUUCUCCCACCGGUCAUGCUUUGCGUGAAAUUGAUAUUGAAUUGAUGCGCCGAUUAAGCCCUCGUGUCAAUGUGAUUCCUGUGGUUGGACGUGCUGAUUCCCUUACACCUGCCGAAUUGAAGGAUUUCAAGAGAAGAAUUAUGGAAGAUAUCGAACAUUAUAAUAUUUCUAUUUAUAAUUUCCCAUACGAUGUGGAAGAAGACGACGAAGACACGAUCGAGGAGAACAGUGAACUGAGGGCCCUAUUGCCCUUUGCUAUUAUCGGUAGCGAUGAAGAGAUUGUGGUGAACGGUCGCACAGUACGAGGACGUCAGUAUCCAUGGGGAGCCGUCGAGGUCGACAAUCCCCAACACUCUGACUUUGGAAGACUGCGAUCAGCACUUCUGAGUUCGCACCUUCAGGACUUGAAAGAAAUUACACAUGAUUUCCUUUACGAAAAUUAUCGUACUGAGAAACUUAGUCGUACCGUCAGUGGCGGUGAUUCAGAAGAUGCCUCGUUGAAUGCAGAAGACAUGGCCAGUCAAAGCGUUCGAUUGAAGGAAGAACAGUUGCGAAAGGAAGAGGAAAAGCUUCGUGAAAUUGAAUUGAAGGUCCAGCGUGAAAUUCAAGAAAAGAGGACGGAACUUCUCAAUAAGGAAGAAGCACUGCGCAGUUUGGAAGCAAGAUUAGCACAAGCUCAACUACAAGACGCUUAAAGCGUACCAUUUCGACUCUUCCAUCGCUAAGCAUUAAAAAAGCGCAAGAAAGUUUACGUCUUGGGAGAUAUUAUUAUUUUUUUUGGCUCUUUUCUCUUAUCUUUUUUUUUUACUGUCUUCCCUUAGCUUAGAAAAAUGGUUUCUUCUAUCUGCUAUACCUCAAAUUCUAAUAACACUCCUUUUUUUAUGUUCUGAUGAAAGACAAUCCCUUAAAUUCAGGGUAUAGCCUUUUCAGGGUCCCUGCUGCAUGGGUAUAAAUCCGCACUCACCACCGUUUCUUCCUGUCCUGGCAUAAUCCCGUUCUUUAGGCUGACGUUGCCUAUCUUUGCGGCCUAAAGCUUUCUUGAU